GGUAGCCCAGCGCCGCCGGCCUCGGCGGGCGUCACCAUGGGAACGGCCUGCUGGAAGCAGGCCGCAGCCAUCCUGCUGCUCAUCCAUUUCGUGGGGACGAAAGCCACCCAAGGCUGCAGCUGUCCGCCAGGUACUUUCCUGAAUGACACAAACUGUGGGAAAAACAAGCCCCAGGCUUGCCUCCCUUGCCCUCCAAACAGUUUCUCCAGCGCAACCGGCCAACAGACAACGUGUGACAGAUGCAAGAAAUGCCAAGGUAUUUUCCAACUUAAGAGGGCGUGCACUGCAACACAAAAUGCAGAAUGUGUCUGCAUAAACGGAUAUCAUUGCUCCGGGAAUGAAUGUUCAAUGUGUGAAAAAGACUGUAAAGAAGGUCAAGAACUAACCAAAAAAGGUUGUAAAGAUUGUGGCUAUGGGACAUUUAACAAUCAGUCAUAUGGGAUGUGCAGAGAAUGGACAAACUGUUCCCUGGAUGGAAAGGUUGUACUCGAAAACGGAACACAAACGAGCGAUGUUGUAUGUGGAAAAGUUUCAACGGACUUCUCUCCGGACACAUUCUCAGUCACCAUCCCAUCUGUCUUUGUAGCAGACAAGGAUAUCCAGGUAUUCACCAUUACCCUCGCUCUCAUCAUGGCUGCAACAGUGUUCUUAGUUCUGCUCAUCACGUUUUGCUUCUGUAUCACAGUGUGGAGCAAAAAGAAGCUACCAGAUAUCUUCAAGCAAACGUUUAUAAGACCAGUGCAAACUGCACAAGAAGAAGAUGCCUGUAGUUGCCGCUUCCCAGAAGAAGAACAAGGAGAAUGCAGUGACUGCAGUGAAUCCUUAAGACUGAAAUCAGACUCGCAAUUAAAGCUUCCGGAUCCUUGAAGACUAAACUUCUUUUAGGAAAUGGGACAGAAGUAUUACAAUAUUUUCAGAGAGAAUGGGACAUUCUUACCAUUUUUCUUCCUAAUGUUCAUUCCACCAGUCUUCAUCUGUGGCUAUGAACAUUGCUAGUUUAGUGUUAUAAAGUAUUUUACAUGAUUCAUUUUUUUGUAUACGAAUUUAAGGCAUAGUGUAACUGAUUUUUAGCAACAAAAGCAGUAUUUAGCACAAGUAUUUUUUUAAGAACUGUCCAGCAAGCAAUUGGACUUAAUAUUUCCAUUUAGUUACGUGUUCAAUGAAAUGUGUUUAACCUUUUGAACUUUUAAAUGGGCUAGUUUGAUACCUUGUAGAGGUUUAAUAUAUUAAUAUAGAGUAGUAGUAAAAGUAUUUAUUAAGCACUUACUGUGUGCAG